GGCUGCGCGGCGCCCAGUCGCCCGCCGUCGCUCGCCAGCGCCCCGUAUCGGAGUUUGCGCUUUGACAGCUUUCUAGCAUUUCUAUCACACUUUCACAAAAUCCUUUAGCAAAGACUGAACAUUGUGUAGAUCGGGAUAAAUCGGUGUGUUUAGUGGAUCGGUUGAGACUGUUUGCUGUGAUUCGCCGGUGGUUAGCCGACCUGUAGCUGCCCAGGCUCGUUUGCCAUUGUUCACGCCGCCAGUUAUAAAACAAUUCCAAAAAUGAAGGACGAACGUGCGAGUCCCCCGCGCGUGCGCGUCGCAGUUCUUGGCAGCUCACGUGUGGGAAAAUCAGCUCUUAUUGUAAGAUACUUAACAAGGCGAUACAUAGGAGAAUAUCAUUCAAAUACAGAUUUAUUAUACAGACAGACAGUUCAAAUAAACAGCAGUCCUGUGGAAUUAGAAGUAAUAGAUGUCUCGGGCUCAAACUCGGACAAAUUUCCAGCAGAGCAGAUCCAAUGGGCCGACGCUUGCCUAGUCGUGUACUCAGUGACAGACAGGAGCAGCUUCGAGUACGCCACGGAAGUCCUGAAAGCCCUGAGGAGAGCCCCGGCCACUGCGAGCCCUGCUCACGGCCCCGCCGGUGCUACCACACCCAUGCCCUUAGCCCUGCUGGGAAAUAAAACGGACUUGGACCAUUUGAGACAGGUAACGACCCAAGAUGGCCAAAGCAUAAGCUCAGCUCACAACGCGUCGUUCAGCGAGGCAAGCGUGGCCGACAACUCGGGCGACCUGUACCGCUGCGUAGACCGCCUGCUGGCUGAAGUGCGCACGCCGCUGCGUACACGCAAGUUCUCCGUUACCAAGAUGCUGGGCUCUCUUAUAGGUGGCGCGACGAACAACAGCCAAGCGAGCCGCAGCGGGUCGAUGGUGGCGUGCCCGCGCGUGCCCACGCCGGCGCGGCCGCCGCUGGCCGCCGCGGCGCCCUGACCGGCCGCCGCGCCCGCGCACCGCGCGCGUUGAUGCCUCGCCGGCGCGGGCGCCAUGUGGCUCGCCUGCCUGCCCGUGCCCACCCGCUUCGCCGCCGCCGCCGCGCCGCUCUCAGCUACCAUGUGAUUUGCUACUCGUUACCGUACACUCGGCCUAAUUCAUGUACAUUUUAAUGAACUGUAUAUAAUCUUCUUGUAUAGAUCUGAUUUUAAAGAAGUGUAAGUUUGUGAGAUUAUGUGCCGACUGAUUAACAACUUGGACCUACUGUUUUAGAAUAAAGAGGUGGGCACCUUUUUGCAAACAUGGUGCUGAUCUCUACCCUGUUGAUGAAGCAGAUGACAACCAGAAGAAAUUUUCAUUUUCAUUCAUUUCAUUUCAUCUGAGAUAUUAUAAUCUCGAAUACAUGUAGUAUCUAAUGAAAAGCGUGGAUUUUGGUGUUAUCCAUCUGCGUAGCACUGCUGUAAGAGGUUAGAGCACAAGAAGGUACAGCUAUUGUACCUAUAAGCUGUCUCACCAAACCAAAGAUGGUAAUGACUAGUCUUAUAAAUAUGUAAGUUAUGAAAUUGUAAAUAAACUUGUUAUAGUUAUAGAUAAAAGUUUAAGAUAACCGACAGUUAGGUAGAUAGAGGAUAUAAGAUUUUUUUUUGCAAGAGAUGACACCGAGUGCAAUCAAUAAAGAAGCCAGCAUGAUUCGUGUAUUUGUCGAAAAUUGUUGGGUAUUUUAUUGAUGGUGAUAAACUGUAUCAUGGGCCUAAUAUUGAGUACCUAUUUGUAAUGUUUACAAUUCAUAUUUGUGCGGGAAACGAAGCGAGUUAUGAAAUUCGUGAUGGAUGUUAACUAUAGUUGUUACAAUUAACGACUUAUAUUGUUAUUUAUAUUGAAAUAAGACAAUAACACCCAUUCUUACAAGAAAGUUUCAAGAAUAUAUGUUUCUCUUUUAAGCAUAUAGGUAUCCAUUUUCAUAAUAUAAUAACUUCUUCGUACUUCGUAUCCAAUAUGAUCUAUUAUUACAAAUAAUGGAUUUAAAAGAGUUUAUAGUUUAUCCGUGUUUACGACGCAACUGUCUAAAUGUCUAUAUUAUAUCCCAAAUAAUAAACCAAAGUAGGUACUUACUAGUAUUAUGUAAUGCUCUUAAUAGAUUUUUCAAUACUUUCUGAUCUAAACCUAAGCUUACUCCUUGUAAAGCUACUACUUACUAAUAGAAACAAUGAACCUAGCUUUAACCUGAUGAUCCAACAUGAUAUUUAUUAUACUGUUUACAAAUAAUGAUGUAUUGACAAAUAUCUCGUAUCUCGAUGUCUAUACUUGCUAUAUAAAAAAUACAAGGGUACGAAACUGGAAUCUAGUGAGAAAUUGAUUUUGAUAGAUUAGAUAGGGCUAAGAUCUGUGCCAAAAAUGAUAAAUUUGGAUACCUACUAGGAGAACAAGUGUGAUAUGUACACUAAGUGCUGUUUAGAAAAGGAUGUUAUGAAUCGUGUGUAGGUAGCCUAAACUACUUAUGACUUUAUCUAGAUGUACUCGAAAUAAUGGCCUAAAUGAAUUUUAGUAGGUACUUGUACUCUUUCUUACCAGUUUUCUACUUUUGCACAGUAUUAUUAUGCUAUGUAAUACGUAAGUCUCAAAUUACUUUCUCUGUAUAAAUAAACUUUAAAUGUCAAACUGUCUCUAAUAAAUACAUGCUUAAUCUAAUCACUACAUGUUGAUGUUGUUGGUAAACUACAGUGUUAAAAGUAAUAGUUCUUGUUAAACCAUACAAUAGUUUUGCCGAAGGAAUAAGAAAGUAAAUGCUAAUAAUGGUUACAAACAUGGUUUAUCCCUAUGGUAUAUGGGGCAUAGAAAUUUAGAAUUUCAGACAACCCCAUAUCUGUCCAAAAAAUAUUCAUGAAUGAAUAAGAUUCAAGUUAUACUUUUUAAAUAAUUAUAUUUCUUAACAAAAUACCAAAAACAAUGACAACCUUGAGUUUAGUUUGAUCUCUUUGAUUGUUCCUAAGU